AUGGCUCGAGGAGCUACCCCGAGACGCUCGCCCGGCUCAGAGCUGGGCCACUAUCCCAAGACCUCGCCUUCGUCUGCUGGUUCUGUCGUAGGCUCGGGAGAUGCGACUCAGGCUGCUCGAGUGUCCUCGACCUCAAAGGCCUCGUCGACGAGAAGCAAUGCCAAGGAAACCGAAGUCUCUGAUGUAUAUGUGCGUCUCGGGUACGAGUUCAACCUGGCAUGUCGCGCCUUUGGCGCCAUCGGCAUGGACACUGCAGACUUGGGCCCUGUCCCCGACCUACUACGCACCAUCCUCGAAGAUACGCUCAGCCAGGAAGCUUCGCCUCAGAGUCUCGAUCGAUAUCUGCCCCGUAUACGAGACAUCAUCAUCAAUUUGCUGCACGGGCUCAAGAAGAAGCAGGCCAAGCUACGGUCACGACAGGCAAAGGAAGGUAAAGCGCUACCGCCUCGACAGGGGAGCUCGGGAAGCUUUGAGCUCGGAGACGGAGCUGGCCAGCAGAGCUUAGAGCACACUCCCUCCACGGCCACACAAUCGCCCCAGAAGCGGACUGUAGGCAGCCAUCGCCAAGGCGGUGGUGCCUACGAUGAAGACCAGGCCUCCUCGGUAUCGUCUCGGAAUAAGUCUCCCUCUCCCUGGCCCGGAGACCGCCCCGGCGGUAGCUUUUCUGAACGUGAAGCCGGCAGACAGGAAACACAGCGGUCCCUGGCCCCGUCAACUACGACAUCUUCUUUGUCAAGCUUUACAAUGCAGAACAUGCCCGUUGUGCUGCCACAUACCGACUCAGAUAGCCAGUCUAAACGGCCUGAAUCUCCAUCAUACAAUAUCCAUAAUUUCCCCCACCCUCCACCCCCUCUCCCUCCAACCUCAAAGCAGAACGAUGCUAUAGGCAUGCUACAGAGAAGUGGCGAACUCGAACGACGUGCUUCCCGAAGAUUCUCUGCAUACCAGAUCCAGAAGCAUCUGGGUGGAUCUCCCAACGGCAUCCCCGUCUUGCCUCCGGCCCAGAACUCUCCCAUCCCGAACCGUGGUCAGGACGUGCGCGAAUCUAUGAACGCCGUCCGCCUACGGGGACCCCACUUGCAUGACCGCCAAAGAUCAAGGAACCGGUUUGCCGGCACCGCUUCGGAUAAAACUGCUUCUCCGGCUGGCCAGGAUGUAGCUCAUAAACUGGAACCAACGGUUGAAUCCGUGGCGUCCGGUAGUCCCUUAGCAAAAACGCCAACAGAUAAGCUUCGGUCUCAGAGAGAGUUUGAAGGGAGAGACGCCCCGUCCGCUGGAGGACCAUCGUUAUCAGGAGGCCUGCCGCAGAUUGCUGAACAGGACUCGUUCUCAGCGUCGCACGAACCUAAGAAACGGGACCCAUCUGCCGAUGGCCACGCUUCGGCUUAUCGGAAUCUCGAUAAGCCACUCCCUUCUCCCUCUACUCCGCAACAGUCUCAUAGACCGGACUAUACCCCAGAACAUUCCCCUCCGCCAGGCAAAGAGCUUACCCUUUUCCUACAAUACAAGAGCAAAAUAAAGAAAUACGUUCUCCCAGAAGGAUACUCCGGCCUGACGAUUGCUAGGCUCCAGCUCGCAUUCAUUGAAAAGUUCGCUUGGAAUACCCACAGCAACGGUGCUGACCUGCCCGAGAUAUAUAUACAAGACCCCGUUUCCGGCAUCCGUCAUGAAUUAGAAGACUUGAGAGAUGUAAAGGACAGGUCUGUCCUGGUGCUAAACGUCGAAGUUUUAGAUGAAGUUAGAAAGCAUUUCGACGAAAGUGUAGGCGGCAUUCGCAGCAUAGUUGAGAGCGUUCGUGAUGUCAUCGACGGACAUGGCACCUCGAUUCAACGGCUUAUCGACCGCCAGCAGGAGACUUCCAAGGAAAUAUCACGCCUCGCUGCCCCUAGCGCUAUGUCAGCUCUCUCUGGCUCUAGACCUUCUGCCGGGAAAGCCGCCGAGAUCCAAGGCUUGCGCGAUGACCUUGCUUCUCUUCGACAAACCUAUUCGAGCUUCACGUCAGACAUCACGUCGGCUAUGACUUCCAUCCGAGCGAAGGCAAAUCAGGUGAAAUCUGCGGCAGUAGAUGCUGUCGUCCCGUCCUUUGAAGGUGGUUCCGGUGCUGGUCACGCUCGCGUCCAAGCCGGCAAGAAAGAGCUUGCUGAUGAAUCCGAGAAGCUGGUUGCUCGCGUGGAUGAUUUGCAAGACCUCGUUGAAGACCUACGUAAGGACGUUGUAACCCGUGGAGUCAGACCACUACCACGCCAGCUCGAGGCGGUUGGCCGAGACAUCAGCGCCGUGACCAAGGAGCUCAAGAAGAUGCAAGACUUCUUGAAACGCGAGAAGCCCAUCUGGACAAAGAUUUGGGAGAAAGAGCUUCAGCUUGUUUGCGAAGAACGAGACCAGUUGACAAUGCAGGAGGAUCUCGCGGUUGAUCUAGAAGACGACCUCGAAAAGGCUACUCAGACCUUUGCUCUCGUUGAACAGGCCACCAAACAACAAGCUCUCGAAAAUUCUGGGUCUAACCCUAACAACGUCGCUGUGCGAACCGUAUCCAGGACGAUGAACCCGCAUAUCGACCCCGCUGACGCAAAAGACAGUGUUCUGGGUGAAGUCCGCGCCCUGCAACCCAACCACGAAUCACGCCUCGAAGCUAUUGAACGAGCCGAAAAGGCUCGCCAGAGGGAACUGGAGAGCCGGCGAGGAGGCGAGUUCCAAAGGGAAUUAAGCAACUUUGUAGGUGCUGGUAAGCUUAAGAGCAACGGUGGUGGCUUUGAAGAGCUAGAGCGGGUCCGGAAGGAAAAGGAAGAGAGUAUACGAAAGGAGGUCUGGGAGCGAAUGCAGGGUCUAAUUCCUGCCGAGCCAGAACCAGUGGCUACCGAUGGCGAGACCCAUGAACCAGAAGCGGAAUCAAAUGCUCCAGACGACCAACUCGCACCGCCGGACCCUGAGACCGUAGAGCACAAAGACACCCACGCUGCCAAAGACGAUACCUAUGCUAGCACCAAUGAUAUUGGGGCCAAUCAGUCUGACAGACGCUCUUCGGGUCACCGAUCGUCCGAUACACCUGCUUCAUCAGGUAAAAAGCGUUCCUCCUGGCUCACUGCCAUAUUCGCAUCCUAG